AAACGUCACUUCCAUCCUUUACCUUAGCAACCCAUUUCGCCGUGACGACAGGAGAAAAGAGCCGCUUCUGGCACCGGAAGUUCCCCCUCCCCCGGGCCGGCCCCGGAGCUGCACCGCCUGGGGGAGGUGGGGUGACGGAGCUGAGACAGACAGCCUUCAAGUUUGUCAAAAUGACCGAGAGACCUGAUAUCCUGCAUUUCCAGUUUGAAAACUAUGGCGACUCAAUGCUGCAGAAAAUGGACAAACUAAGAGAAGAGAACAAGUUUUGUGACAUCACAGUCCGUAUAGAUGAUCUUGAAAUUCAUGGUCACAAGAUUGUGUUUGCCGCUGGCUCUCCCUUCUUAAGGGACCAGUUCCUGCUAAAUGACUCCAGAGAAGUGAAAAUUUCCAUCCUGCAGAGUUCUGAAGUAGGAAAGCAGCUGCUCCUGUCCUGCUACAGUGGAAUUCUGGAGUUCCCCGAGAUGGAGCUGGUGAAUUACUUGACAGCUGCCAGCUUCCUUCAAAUGAGCCACAUUGUGGAACGCUGCACACAGGCCCUCUGGAAAUUCAUCAGACCAAAGCAGCAGUUAGAGAAAAAAGAACCAAGUGAGAAACAAACUGACUCUUCAGAGCCAAAGGGACCACCAGCAGUGGCAGAAGAAGAGGAGGAGGAGGAGGAGGAAUCUUUGCAGCCAGAUUCCCCAUGCAUACAGCCCUCUGAGGACAGCAUGGAUAUGGAGGAUAGCGAUAUACAAAUAGUGAAAGUAGAGUCCAUUGGAGAGGUUGCAGAUGUCAGAAACAAAAAGGAUCAGAGCGCCUUUAUUUCUUCAGAGCAGAGUACUCUUCAUUCAUCUGAGCCGCAGCACUCCCUAAUCAAUUCCACAGUGGAGAAUCGAGCCAAUGAAAUGGAGCAAAGCCAGCUGCAUAACUAUUCCCUCUCAUAUUCAGGGGGUGAUAACCUCUUUGCAUUUGGCCCCAGUAAUCGAGGAGUAGACAAAGGGCUCCAGUGGCACCACCAGUGUCCCAAGUGCACCCGCGUGUUCCGGCACCUGGAGAAUUAUGCCAAUCACUUGAAAAUGCACAAGCUAUUCAUGUGCCUGCUUUGUGGCAAGACUUUCACGCAGAAAGGCAACCUCCACCGGCACAUGCGGGUGCAUGCUGGAAUCAAGCCCUUCCAGUGCAAGAUCUGUGGAAAGACCUUCUCGCAGAAAUGCUCCCUGCAGGAUCACCUCAACCUUCACAGUGGGGACAAGCCACAUAGGUGCAACUAUUGUGACAUGGUUUUUGCCCACAAGCCUGUCCUGAGGAAGCACCUCAAACAGCUCCAUGGCAAAAACAGCUUUGACAAUGCCAAUGAGAGAAAUGUCCAAGACAUCACUGUUGAUUUUGAUUCCUUCAGCUGCAGCUCAGCAGUGGACUCAAAAACAUGCCUGCAAGGUGAUGCCAGCCAGGUACUAGAUGGGGGAAAGCUGGCCCAGGCAGUACUUAGUUUACGGAGUGAUGGUGCUUGUGUAAACUAGAGCAGUCUCUUUUUGAGCAACAAAGUAAGAAGAAAUGUCUGGGGUUGUUUUGGACUUUUACUUGACCAUCAAAAUCCCAAAAGUUCUGUUGAAUCACUUUUAAGAGCAGGUAGGCAUAGGCCCACAAUGCAAAAAGGGUGGUUUGUGUUAGUUCGUGGUUCAUGUAAUCACCCUGAACUAGAGGUUCAUUCCGUGAUUUGUCCAGUUGCCUGAACUGGUUCAUAGUUUAUUAUUUGAUUUGGUUUGGGAGGUGCAAAAUCCACCAGGAGUCUUCAGCAGGCUCUCCUCCAUCCGCCCUCCAAGUUCGGCGAAGAUUGGAUUUGGAAUGUCCAAAUUAUAGCUCCCCAAAGCAGGUGCCCCCAGGAAAGCUCAGUUUCAGCUCUCACAAUGAAAACUAACUCUUCUCUCUUUGUGCUGCAGUGCAAAAUAAAAGCAGUGGAGUCAUGGUGUCUAUUCCCAUAAGGUAGAAUGGGAGGUCCAUGGUCGGCUCCCAGAGCUGCAGCUAUGGACAACUGCUAUGGUUGUUUCUUGGGGUCCCAGAAGUCCACCCCCAGAGUUGCAUAGGAAUUGAUUGAAUCGGCACCAGGCUGUCUGGGGAAAUGAACCGCAAAGACAAAUCAAACAAAGCACUAAGGGAAAAAGGGGAUUUGUUUUCCAGUUUGGGCAUGGUGUGAGUGAACAAAUCAUGAAUUGGCCCAUUUUGAGCACAAAUCACAAUUCAUGGUUCAGUUUGUGCCCAUGUCUAGUAGCAGGUCUUCAGCUUCCAACAUAGAUGUGUUCUAUGACUUCAGCUAUCUUUGUUCCUACUGGGAGAAUGCCAGUUAGCACAGCCCUGCCUCCAUUGAUAUUUUGAGCACUUAUGCUUCAGAGCCUCUCUCCAAAUAGUGGUGGUUGGUUUAUGCAGCCAAGGAGCACUUACCUGCUUAUAGGCCAAGGGUUGGAAAAUGUAGGGAACAGAAUUGCACUUCCAGAACUGGGUUUCUAAGCUAAAACAACCUUGAGUUCUUGAAGAAGGGGGAAAAAGCACUGGAUCAUUAUAAGCUUGUUGACAUUUGUUAGCCAACCAUGGGCACUUUUUAAAAAAAUGUUUGUUAAAAGCAUCAGGUAUUGGCUUUUCUUACCUUACAAUGACAUCAGCCUCUUAUCUAGUUUGACUCCUUAAACUGUCUAAAGGUUCUGUGCUAGGAAGGGAAGCCAGACAGAUUUGGCUGCUGCUGUAGCUAAGAGAAGAAUUUUCCUUUUGCUGUAGCACCUAGCCCUUUCCUUUGUGCUCUACUUAAGCACAUUUUCCCAUUGGCCCUCUUCUGUCCUCACUCCCUUCCCUUAUCUCAGCCUUUGCGGAAAAUGUGAAGUUAGACUAGAGAAAAGUUAAAAGCUGCAUGCCCCCCUUGUCUGUCUGUGCCUUCUCCCUAUACUGCUUUUUAGGUCUGGGGCAGCCUCCCUCUUUCAGGCCAACAGUCUGCCUCCUCAGUAAAAUACCAGAUGGUUUUAUAGCAAAGGGUUUUCCCCCCUUAAUUAGUCUUCCCUUUACCUGUCCUUUUGUUGUCACUUCAAACUCUCACUGCUUGUGGUUCCUUGGUCCUUGCCCUGUCUCAUCCUUCAGUAAUCUUGAUUGUAAGCAUUCUGGAUUGAGGCCAGGAAUCCUCAGUGUUGUGAAUGAUGUUUGGAAUGCUGCUGGCACUCAAGAUAUAAUUAGAAGUAAUAUUACGGGGUGGGGGGUGGUGGCAUCACCAGGUGAAGCUAAAUGUUUCUGAUUCAUCAAAGUUCUUAAAGAUAUAGGCACUCCAGGACAGUUACAAGGCUGUAACUUAUGAAUAUAUUAAAAUGUGGGGGAUGACAGCCUGAAUUGGUGGAUGUGUUAGAGAGGACUGGAGAUAAUAGCAUGCCAGUCACAGCUGAUUCAUGGCUACCCCAUGAAGUUUCUUUCUGUUCCCAUCCUCUGGUCCCCAGGCCAUUGGGUCUCUCUGGAUGCAUCUAGACUGAGCCUGGACAUGUUCCUGAGCAGUGCUCUGUGCUCUUGCUAUUGUGCACAGAAAGGCAGACGCAGGAUGCAGAAAAAGAAUUCUCUGAUAUCAUUGUCCAAUGAGUCAUUGGACAAUGAUAUCAGAGAAUUCUUUUAUGAGUGCUCUUGGGGCACAUGCAAAAGAUGUAACUUGUGCAUACAGCUUUUUCCACUAGAUUGUCCUGCCUUACGUAUGCUUCCCUCAGAUCGAAAAGCAGUUUCCCUCAGUUUCCAGUAAAACAUUGCUUUUGUUUAUAACUUUAAAAAAUACAACUUGCUACUAUGCCAGCUUUAAAACUUUUUGAGCUUAAAGUGGAAAAAACUUCUCUUUUGCAACAGGGUGUUCUUAGACUGAUCUUUUUGUAGCUGUAACACUGCCUAUAUCUUUCUGCAAAACCUAAUCACAUCAGGCAGAAAAACCUUUGUGCUAUACACUGGCUGGGAUUGGCAUGUAGUGCCCACAUCUGCUUUACAGCAAUCCCCAUCCAGACUUCUGAGAAAUAAAAGGCAUUAAAUGAAAGGAGACCCUCUUACACACAUGCAUACAUCUAAAUUUAUUUUCCAUCCUCUUGCUUUGAAUGUCGGUCCCCUCCGUGUUCUGAUGGAAGAGGAAAUCUGGGAUGUAGGGGGAGUUCAAAAAAUUUAGCAUUAAAUGGAGGUGGGGGUUCAGCCUGCUUCCAGCUAGAGAAACUGAUUGCUGAGCAGGAACUAUUUCAUGGCACUGUCCAGUAUGCUGGAGGUGGGUGGCACUGUAGGCACCAUGGCCCUGUUGAAGGAAUCCAAUAUGGGAAAGGCUAUGCUUGACUUAGGGCCAAAUCUUAAAAACUGUUCUUUUUGAGAAACAAGACUUCUAGUUAACAGUCAAGGCUGCUGAGACUGCGUGCUUGAACCGAAGAGUGCCCAAAGGAUCACUCAUGAUGGUGUGUGUGUGGGUGUGUGCGUGCACAGAAACAUCCCAUUGACUCAAAAUAAAAUAGCUAUACCAUC